GAAAGCGAAACCAAAACUAUGAGGGGGAGUGUCUGGGAGGCUACUAAACUGAAAGGUGUUUAGAAGUGGUAUAUCACAGGUAUUUUUUGAGCAAAAUGUUUGUUCUUUUAUUUCUUUUGACGAGUUUGUCCUACUCAGAUGGAGCGCAGAUUGCAGUGGACAUGGAUAAGUCCACUGUAAAUGCACUUCUUAAUGAAGAUGUUCUCUUGAAAUGUUUAAUAACCGGCUUUCCAGGUUCAGAGUUACAACUUGAAAGUGUUGGCAUCUUGUGGAAUUAUUUCAACGGUAUAAAGAAAACCAAGAUAUAUUCUGUAAAAAAUGUGGAACAUUUCAGUGAAAGGGAUGGUGCUAAAGUGUACAAAGAUGGAGUAAAAUAUGGAAAUGCUUCCUUACAUCUGCAGCAUGUGAAGUUGAGUGAAGAAGGAGAAUAUGAGUGUGUAGUGUAUGUUACUCCAGAAAAAGCAGAAGGAAGAUCUCGUUUGCAAGUUUCCGCUCAGCCCAAAGUAAAUGUAUCUGCCGAAGUAAUUGAGAAUGUUGAUGGAAAAGAGACUUUGCUGACGUGCAAAGUCCAACAUUUUUUUCCAAGAACUAUUAAUGUUGUAUGGAAAAAGAAGUCCUUUGGUAUCACCACAGAAAUUGAAAAGAACAUCUGCAUGCAGUCUCCUGCUCACAACGAUGAUGGAACGUUUAGCAUGAUUAGUUGGCUAAGGCUGCAGCCAGCAACAGCUGAAGACAUUAAAAAUAAUUAUGAAUGCAUCGUAACUCACAGAACCCUUCCUGAUGGAUUUAGUAUGGGUGCUAUCCUAACUGAAAAGCCACCUGUAUCUGGAAUCAAUGUAGGAGCUUUAAUCGCGUGUAUAAUUCCUCUGACCCUUGGACUGAUUAUUGGUGGUGCAUACUUGUAUGGUAAACGCAGAGGACAAGGUGAACCAAAAAUAUCAAAUAUCCUUGUACCAAAAAAUAUUGUACAUAAAGAACAAACAACAUUUAAUUGUUCAGUUACUGGUUUCCGACCUGCAGAUAUACAAAUACAGUGGUUCUUAGAAUUCAGAGAUGGAAGAAAAGAAAAGAUUUGCGAUUGGAACAGUUCUGCUGAUGCAGAGAACACUCCAGAUGCAGUCUGCAUUCCUCUACUUCCAAAUGCAAUUGAGCCUGUUGUGGAAAAUGAAGCGGUUUCUGUUCAGAUUACUCAAUUUAAGAAAUGUGCAGAUGGAACUUACAGUGUAACUUGCAGUCUUCUUGUGUUUCUUGACAUAAACAUACAUAAUGAAGCAAAGUUAAUAGUGGAAGUUACGCAUUCCACACUUAAAGAACCUCUUCUUAAAACUAUAGAAUUACAUGUGCAAGGAGUGCAUCCAACAUUGUCUUCCAUCAUGAAGCUACAGCAUGUUCGUCAUUGUGAACCACUUACGUUAUCAUGCGCAGUUGAGACAUUUAAACCAAGGCCUUUGACCAUUACUUGGUUCCAAACAGAUUCUGAAGGCAAGGAGCAUGAAAUAGUGUGUCUUGAUGAACAAGGAGGUACAAAGCUGCCUGGCACUGCAGGAAGCAGGCCGAAAUACAUUCACCACCUGACUGAGAAUCCACAUGAAAAUGGUCAUACGUACAGUGUUUUAAGUGUGCUGAUGUUUGUGCCAGUCAUUAAAGAAGACAAUAACUCAACAUAUCACUGCAGGGUUCACCAUUUAUCAAAACAAUAUGAGACUUCUAAAGUGACUCUUGAAGUGAAAGCUUCUCCUAAAUUUGACAAAAUUCAGAUUAUUACUGAAACCCCAUUCGCUGGUGAGGUUGUGGAAUUGUCCUGUAAAAUACACUCAUUUUGCCCGAAGAAUAUCCACAUUGAAUGGCUUAAAGAAGAUGAAAAAUUACCGCAUUUUAAAAUCAGUGAGAUUAGAAUGGACGAGGAUGGCCUUUACUACCUAACAAGCACAGUAACAUUCAUAUCAAACAGAACGGAUUUUAAAAGGAAAAUUAAGUGUCGUGUGAACCAUGAAAGCUUGACCGAACCUCAGGAACAGAUAAUGAUAUUCCAGCCAAUUUUAACUCCACGAAUGUCUACUAUUACUACAUCUGAAGUUCCAUGCUUGGGGAUACCAGUCACUUUAUCUUUGAUAGCAGAAGAUCAUUUUCCAGCAGACUUUGUAGUCCUUUGGACACGAGGAAAUGGUAGAGCUCAUGUUGGGAAAAUUUCAGAAUGUACAGAAAGUAAAGAAACUGGACUUUUUACCAGUCGUUCAAGUAAACUGAUUACACCUACGUGGGAGGACCAAGAUAUGAAGUAUACUGCUGAAAUGUAUUAUUCUAGAAGUGGAACGAACCCAAUAUUUGUUGACUACUUUCUGUUUCUCAAAGAUUUUCCAGUUGUCACAGAUAUCCUUUGCGAUCCACCAGUUCCCCUGUAUGGUCAAAAACUUAAGCUUAGCUGUGAAGUUAAAGGAUUCUCUGCUAAGGAUAUGGAAACAAGCUGGUUUAAGGAAAAUGAAAAAUGCUCCAAAGGAGUUACACUUUCAAAGUCAAAAAUAGCAGACGAUAUGUAUGACCUGCAUUCAUGUUUGGAGCUAGUACCUACAGGUUUGGAUUACAAGAAAGAGUUUUCAUUCAAAGUAAAACAUUCACAUUUGGAAGAACCAUUUAUAAAGAAAACAAUAUUGGGUCUUCAAGCAAUUUCUCCAACACUGUCACAAUUAAAAACCUCCAGCAAUUGGCUAACAAGCUCAAACAUGAACAAUCUGGUGGUUAAUAUAUCUGACUAUGCACCUUCAGAUAUCACAGUAACGUGGUACCAAAAUAAUGAAUUAUUUACGGGGAAAUGUGUUAAUUCAGCACCAGUGAUUAAGGCUAAUGGCCUGUUCUCAUCAUCAAGUGAAAUCAAAUUAGACAGAGGAACACUAGAUCACUCAAGUACAAUGAUGUGUGAAGUGGAGCACAAAGCCACAAACAAUGUCAAAAGGACAACUUGCCCUCUACAGCUCAAAGGUUGUCUUGUGCUGUCAGAAAUUUGCUGCUAUCCUGAAGAGCCUUUAGCUGGAGAAGAAGUGAAAUUAUCCUGUGAUGUGACAAAGAUCCCUUCACAGCUAGUAACUGUGCACUGGUUUAAAGAAGAAAAGGAGAUUAAAGAUGGAGUUACUACAACUGAACCUGUACGUGAUGGUAGUGGUUGCUAUAAGCUGAAAACUGAAUUAAGAUUUAUUACAACACAAGAAGAUGAUGGUAUUAUGUAUGCCGUUAAUGUGCAACAUCAAAACUUCAGCUUUACAUGUGAAGAAAAAUUCAACUGCAUGUUAUUCAAAUGUCAACUUUCAGUGUCAGAAAUUCACUGCCUUCCUGAAGAGCCAUCUGCCGAAGAGGAAGUGACAUUAUCCUGUGAUGUGACUGGACUUUCUUCACCACGGGCCACUGUGAAAUGGUUUAAAAAAGAUAAAGAAAUCCAAAACAAUGUUUUAACAACUGAACCUUUACGUGCGAAAGAAGGUUAUACACUGAAAGCUGAAAUAAAGUUCAUUGCAAAGCAAGAAGAUAAUGGCACUGAAUAUACUGUUAAAGUACUAGAUUCAGAACUAAAUACUUCAGCUGAUAAAAAUUUCGUUUUUAUGUUAUUCCGAAGUUUGGGACACAUUAAUUGUAUGCACAACAGUCGGAAACAAAUCUUUUGCUCUGCCACUGUCAUUUGCUGGUCAGUGCAGGCAGAUUUUACUGCCGAGCAGUGA